UGUAUGCGAGUGCGCGCAUUGUGUGUGAGCGAACUGCCGGCGAGCUUAAAAAUAUUAUCGAGCGGCGGGAAUGUCUGGCAGGUCAGUGCGCGCGGAGACCCGGAGCAGAGCCAAAGAUGACAUCAAACGCGUUAUGGCGGCUAUUGACAAAGUACGAAAAUGGGAGAAGAAAUGGGUGACGGUUGGGGACACUUCACUGCGUAUCUUCAAAUGGGUUCCGGUGGCUGAAUCAAAGGCAGAUGAUAAGAAUAAAAAGAAGAAGGGCAGAGAGGAGAAAUACGGAUCGGAGGCGACAACUCCAGAGAACAGUUCGUCUCCAGGAAUGAUGGACAUGCAGGAUGAGAACAGCAAUCAGAGCUCAAUAGCCGACUCCUCUCCUGUGAAGAUGGAGACCAGCUGUAGCACAAGCCCGACACCAGAGGUCACUGCUGCUUCUCACACUGAUGAAAAGUGCACAGCUGAGCAGACGCCAUCCCUCGACAAAGAAAAUUUUAAAUCCACCCCUUCGGUGACGUCAGCAAGCAAAACACUUUCGCAGUUAUCAGGGGAGAAGGAAUCUCAUUUAGACACGUCUAAAAACACUCAGGAAAGUGAAGAUGGUUUCCCACCCACUAAGAAAAGCAAAGUGGAAUCGUCUUCUCAGGAAAUAGAUAAAUAAAUAAGCUGACCAGUUUGCUCGCACGAGGAAAACAUCCUUAACUCACCCAACCAUUCUUGAUCUUCACUGUUCACACACCGAUUGCCAAGUAGAGCUUCACCCUGUUCGUCUUCUUACCUCUUAAAGUUUGUGAAGCGGAGGUGUGCAGACGUCACUGUGCUGGUGAACUGAUGCCCAAACACUGACCUGAUCCUGUGAGACCCGUACAGACUCCCUCCUGUACAAUAUACAGCAUUCCUUUAACAAUGAAGGAGAAAAGUUGAAUUUCCUGCUGUGAUUAUCUUUUGUUAUUACAUUUGAUGACUUUACUAGUAGUCUUUUUACAACUUUCGCCAAUCACGAAGGUUGAUGUACUGGGGCCCGUUUCAAUAAGGAGGUUCAACCAACACCGAGUUAAAAUGUGAACGCUGAGUUGAUUUACACCGAGAUGCGAAACUUUGAGUUUUUGGUUUCGGAACAGCUGAUUUGAGUUAGUUCUAUCAACUCUGGGUAGGCUUACCUUGAGUUAAGCGCGUGCACCAUGACUAUGACAAGCCAUGAUCAAUGGAGCGCCAAUAUUACGAUUCACCAUGGCAACGGUACCAAAGGAAAACGCAACAUGGCAGCAGAAAGCACUACAGUACAUACAGUGUGGAUUUACUGAUGUGCUGAAAAUGACUUGAGUUCAAAUAAUAAGUAGAUAAAUGUACCAAUAAACAAGUAAAUUAAUCAGUAAAUGAAUGAUAAAACAGAAAUAAUAAAAAAUAAUUCUUAUGUUCUCACUGCCCAUCAGUGCUCUAGUUAUACAAAUGAAAC